AUGGACGCCCAAGCCUACCUCAUCCGUCACGGCUGGUCCGGACCAGGCAACCCACUGAAUCCCGACCGUCCACAGGGCGGCGGGUUGGGUCUCACGAGACCGAUCCUCGUCGCUCGGCGCUCCGGCAAUCAGGGCGUGGGCAAGAAGACAACCAAGGAUCCCACGAAUCAGUGGUGGCUCCGUGGGUUUGAGGAUGCGCUGAAGGGUGUGGGGCAGGAGAGUGUUGGCGGUGCUGGGACAGUACCGAAGCCGAAUGCUUUGACGAGUGAAUUGUAUCGGUUUUUUGUGAGGGGUGAGGUCGUACCUGGUACGAUUGAUGAAAAGAAGAAGUUGGUAGUUGUGGAAGAGAGCAAGAAAAAGAGGAAAAGGAAGGACGAGAGCGAGGGUGAGGAUGGAGAGGCAAAGGCACGGCGGAAGGAGGAGAAGCGCAAGAAGCGGAAGAUGAAGGAGGGUUCGUCUAGUGUGGAGGAAACGACACCCGAGGGUCGAGCUGAGAGUAAAGAGGAGCGCCGACGGAGAAAGGAGGACAAGAAGAGGAGGAAACAAGAGAAGGGGCUGAAGAAGCAGGAGGAGAGCAGUGCCGGCGAGGAUGAAAAGGCUGCUCGCAAGGAGAAGAAGAGAAAGGAAAAGAAGAAGACGGAAAAACCGGAAGAUGAAUAUCCUACUCCUCCGGCUACAGAACCAGAGCAGAUGGAGUCCAGCCGUGGGCGGGACGAAACCUCAGACACAACGGCAAAGCCGAAGAAAAAAAAGGAGAAGGAGGGUUCGAAACAGGACAAAAAGGCCCGGAAGAAGGGCGACUCGUCUGAGGACAGCACGAGAAAGAAGUCAAGAAAGUCGAAAAAGUCGACAAACGAGUGA